AUGGGCGACGAUAAGUUCGAAUACCGAGAACUCCCCAUCCCCUCCUACGAAGAGGCCACGGCCCAGCCUUCCCCUUCUCGCUCCGACUUGGGCGACGGCAACGAUGUCGAACGCCAGGGUCUUCUCGGUCGCGUCGAUGGCGGAAACUACAACCGCCGACCGUCGAAUCGUCUCGAUGAUCUCGCCUCCUCCGUAUCGGGCUCCGAGCGCGGGUCGACCGAUGACUUAAGAAGGGAACUAGAUCAGAUGGAUGUCGAUGAUUCUGCGCAUGGCUCAUCGUCCAGAUCUCGCCCCCGUUUACGACAUCACCUCUCCAAGCGAUUCUCCAGUCUGACACGAACGCUACGACCCCUUCAACGAUACUUGCCGAGCCUGCCAAGCUUCAACUUCAGGCUCGAUCUCAACAAUGCUCGCGCACAAAUGAAGGACCGUGGAUGCAUCAUGUUGCUGCGCCUGUUCGCCCUGCUGCUCGUGGUCACCCUGGUAUAUGUCUUCUUUAUUGGCGACAUCUUCAACCUUAAUAGCCGCAUGGUGAUGGGUCAAUCUUACAGCGCCUCCUCGGUUGAAAACUUCGUACAGGGCCACAUAAAUGAAACCAGCAUCGCGGAGAACUUGAGACGCGUUACCAACUUCCCUCACGUUGCCGGUACUGAGGGUAGUUUCGUACUGGCAGAAUGGAUCGAGCAGGAGUUCCACCGCGCAGGCUUCGAUGAGGUUCGGAGAGAAGAGUUCCAAGUCUAUUUGAACUAUCCUCGCGAUGAUGGACGCAAGAUCGCCAUUAUUGACCCGCCUCACCUGGCCUGGGAGGCCAUACUAGAGGAAAAUGACUCUCAGGUCCCGUCAUUUCACGGGCACUCCCGAUCCGGAAACGUCACUGGUCCUUUGGUCUAUGCCAACUUUGGCUCCCGUGAGGAUUUCAAACUGCUCGCCGAUAAAGGUAUUUCACUCAACGGUUCCAUUGCUCUAGUGCGCUACUACGGCACCGAGGGCGACCGGGCCCUGAAGAUUAAAGCCGCCGAGCUGGCUGGUGCGGCAGGUUGCAUCAUCUACUCCGAUCCGCAACAGGACGGUUUUGUACAAGGACCUGCGUAUCCCAAAGGCCGCUACAUGCCAUCAGAUGGUGUCCAGCGAGGUGGUGUCAGCCUCAUGUCUCACGUUGUUGGAGACGUGCUUUCUCCCGGUUUCGCAUCUACGCCUGGAGAGAAGGAGAGACUGUCACCAGAGGACAGCCCUGGAUUAACCAAAAUUCCCAGUCUUCCGAUCGCCUGGCGCGAUGCACAGCGCCUUCUGCAGUCUUUGGAAGGCCAUGGAUCGAAAGUUCCUGAUACAUGGAUUGGCGGGGUGCCCAAGAUCCAAGCUUGGUGGACAGGUGAUCAAGAUUCGCCCGUCGUGCAUCUGAUGAAUCUGCAGGACGAAGUCGAACGGCAGCCCAUUUAUAAUGUGCAUGGAACAAUUAUUGGACUUGAAGAGCGUGAUAAGAAGAUCAUUGUUGGUAACCAUCGCGACUCAUGGUGUCUAGGAAGUGUCGACCCUGGCAGUGGCACUGCCGUUUUCCUUGAGGUAGUGCGUGUCUUUGGCGAGCUGCUAGACUACGGAUGGCGACCACUGCGAACAAUCGAGUUUGUCAGCUGGGAUGGAGAAGAAUACAACCUCAUUGGAUCGACUGAGUACGUUGAAAAGGAGGUGGAUCAUCUCCGCAAAAAUGCAUACGCCUAUCUCAACGUGGACGUCGGCGUCUCAGGCUCCGAGUUCCGUGCAGCAGGGUCGCCUGUCUUUGAACGUUCCGUGCACCAGAUCUUGGGUCGUCUCUCGGAUCCGUAUGCCAACAAAACCCUGAAAGAAAUCUGGGAUGACAAGGGUAUGAAGCUUGAUGCGCUCGGCGCCGGCAGUGACUAUGUCGCAUUUCAAGACAUCGCAGGUACCUCCAGCAUUGAUUUCGGAUUCGAGGGCGGGCCAUACCCGUACCACAGCUGCUAUGAAUCCUAUGACUGGAUGGAGAAGUUUGGUGACCCGGGCUUCCAAUAUCACAAAGUCCUCGCUCAAUUCUGGGGAUUGCUCUUACUCGAUUUGUCCGAGAACCCUAUGCUGCCCUUUGACAUGGAAGCCUACGCCACCUCCAUCACCGGUUGGGUCAAAGAUCUGGACACAUUUGCGAAGAACAAGGGCGCCAAAGUUGACAUGCAGCUGAUGUUCAACGCUGCGGCCGAACUUGAAGCCGACGCUGCUCGAUUCACUCAGUGGAUUCAGAUCUGGCACGAUAGUGUCUGGGGAUCUGGUGGUUACGAAAGCAAUGUCAUGGCUAUUCAACGAGUCAAUCACAAUAUCCGAAUGGCCAGCUUUGACACCCACCUGUUGGAUCUGGAAGAAGGUGGCGGGAUUCCCAAUCGCACGCAAUUCCGCCAUGUGGUCUACGGACCCGAGCUGUGGUCCGGCUACGACGCUUCCAUUUUCCCCGCUAUCCGCGACAGCAUCAAUACGGGCGACUGGUCCCUUGCACAGCACUGGAUCGAUCGGGUUGCCAACGUCAUCCACACUGCCAGUAAUAAUCUUGUCAGCUAA